CAGACCCGGCAAUGUCUCCGCGCUCGUCGCUUUCGUAGAGUGCGGAGUUCUACCUUUUUUUCCCACGCUUGCCAUGGCGAGCCGAGGGGCCCGGCAGCGCCUGAAGGGAAGCGGGGGCAGCGGCGGGGACGCGGCCUCGGCCGCCGACAAACUGCGGGAGCUGCUGUGCAGCCGGGAGGCGGGCAGCGCGGAGCCGCGGCCCGAGUUAUCUGGGAACAAAGCCGGACAAGUCUGGGCACCUGAAGGGUCUACGGCUUUCAAGUGUCUGCUCUCAGCAAGGUUAUGUGCUGCCCUCUUGAGCAACAUCUCCGACUGUGAUGAAACAUUCAACUACUGGGAGCCAACACACUACCUCAUCUAUGGGAAGGGGUUUCAGACUUGGGAAUAUUCCCCAGCUUAUGCCAUUCGCUCGUAUGCUUACCUGUUGCUUCAUGCCUGGCCAGCUGCAUUUCAUGCGAGAAUUUUGCAGACGAAUAAGAUUCUUGUCUUUUAUUUUUUACGAUGUCUGCUGGCUUUUGUGAGCUGUAUAUGUGAACUUUACUUUUACAAGGCUGUGUGUAAGAAGUUUGGGCUGCACGUGAGUCGAAUGAUGCUAGCCUUCUUGGUUCUCAGCACUGGCAUGUUUUGCUCGUCAUCAGCGUUCCUUCCUAGCAGCUUCUGUAUGUACACUACCUUGAUAGCCAUGACUGGCUGGUAUAUGGACAAAACUUCCUUUGCUGUGCUUGGAGUAGCCGCUGGGGCCAUCUUAGGCUGGCCAUUCAGUGCUGCUCUCGGUUUACCUAUUGCCUUUGAUCUGCUGAUCAUGAAACACAGGUGGAAGAGUUUCUUUCAUUGGUCAUUGGUUGCUCUAAUGCUGUUUCUGGUGCCUGUGGUGGUCAUUGACAGCUACUAUUAUGGGAAGCUGGUGGUUGCACCACUCAACAUCGUUUUGUAUAAUGUCUUUACUCCUCAUGGACCUGAUCUUUAUGGCACAGAACCUUGGUAUUUCUAUUUAAUUAAUGGAUUUCUGAAUUUUAAUGUAGUCUUUGCUUUAGCCCUCCUGGUCUUACCACUGACCUCUCUCAUGGAAUUCCUACUGCAGAGAUUUCAUGUUCAGAAUUUAGGCCACCCAUAUUGGCUUACCUUGGCUCCAAUGUAUAUUUGGUUUAUAAUUUUCUUCAUCCAGCCUCAUAAAGAGGAGAGAUUUCUUUUCCCUGUGUAUCCACUUAUAUGUCUCUGUGGUGCUGUGGCCCUUUCUGCACUUCAGAAAUGUUACCACUUCGUGUUUCAGCGAUACCGCCUGGAGCAUUACACCGUGACGUCGAAUUGGCUGGCCUUAGGAACCCUCUUCCUGUUCGGGCUCCUGUCUUUUUCCCGCUCUGUGGCACUGUUCAAAGGGUAUCACGGACCCCUUGACUUGUAUCCAGAAUUUUAUCGAAUUGCCACAGACCCCACCAUCCACACCGUUCCUGAAGGCCGACCCGUCAACGUCUGUGUCGGAAAAGAGUGGCAUCGCUUUCCCAGCAGCUUCCUUCUGCCUGAGAAUUGGCAGCUUCAGUUCAUUCCAUCAGAGUUCAGAGGCCAAUUACCAAAACCUUUUGCAGAGGGACCACUGGCCACCCGGAGUGUUCCUACUGACAUGAAUGACCAGAACCUGGAGGAGCCGUCCAGAUACAUUGACAUCAGUAAAUGCCAUUAUUUAGUGGAUUUGGACACCAUGAGAGAAACACCCCGGGAACCAAAAUAUUCAUCCAAUAGAGAAGAAUGGAUCAACUUGGCCUAUAGACCAUUCCUUGAUGCUUCUAGAUCUUCAAAGUUGUUGCGGGCAUUCUACGUUCCCUUCCUGUCAGAUCAGUAUACAGUGUAUGCAAACUACACCAUCCUCAAACCCCGGAAAGCAAAGCAGACCAGAAAGAAGAGCGGAGACCGGAGAAGAGCAGAACCAACUUUGAGGAAGAACUGAAAAUCCUGGGAUGGGAUGGCAGUGUUGAGCUGUUCUCCACACUCUGGCCUGGUAUCCAAGAACUGGCCUCCCUGGGGCCGGGUGAGCUGCUCCACCCAAGCUCCCCGGCAGCUCCUAGUAGACCUUCUCAUUCAAACCCUAGUGCCGAAAAUGAGCACAGCCUAGUUGCCAACCUACAUGUCCUUUCACCUCCAGCAAGACUAAGCUUUUCUAAAGCACUUCACAGGAUAGAACCUUGUCCUGGAGAUAUCUCAGGAAAAAGGCAACCAUUUGAGGAACUGUGGCUUAAUUUCUUUAUAUAGGAUGCCUCUUGUUUUCAUUUAAAUCCUUUACAACAAGCUAUAACUAUGAGAGUUUGGUGUUUUUUGCUUUUUGGUUUUUUUUUUCAGUUUUAGCAUGCUUUCUUGAAUUCAAGACUUCCCUCUGUAAAGAUAUCAACAGACCAGACUAUAACUGUAUAGGACAUACGUGGAGAAGAUUAAUUCUAUCAGUUGGUGGAUUUGAAUGACAUCACAUUUUAAACUAAUUUAUUCUGAGACUAUUUCUGAGGAAAUUAAGACUCUCCCUUUUUUUUAAACAACCCUAGUGAAAAAGACCAGUGUAUAUUUAUGGCAUCUAUUUUUGAGUCUCUCUAUUGCAAAGCACAUCCUGCAUGGGAAACCUCUAGUCAAAUAGGCAACGAUAAAGACUUAAUUAGAAUAUAAGUAUAUAUUUCACUUUGCCUUCACACACAGUAUUUCAUAGUUUACAAAGCACUUUCACAUUAUCUUAUUCAAUCCACGCAGUCAUGACGUGAGGUAGACAAGGCAAGUGGUUUUAUCCCCAUUUUACAGAUGAAGAAACUUAAGACUGGAGGGCAGGGAGCAGAGGAAGGUACGGUGACUUGCCCAAGGCCACCCGGCCAAUAAUAGUAGCAUUCGUACCACAACCUGGGUUGCCUAACUUCUCAUCUAGCGCUUGUCCAUACUCUUCACUUGACUAUGAAAACAUUACUUGAAAGAAUGAUGAGGUUGGCCAGAGACCUGAUUGAUAACAUCACUUUCUAUGUUUAAGGAAGAAUGUUAUCUGGGUUUCUCAGUUCUUUGGAGCCUCUGGCCUGCCUGUGGGUCUGACCAUCGCAGCAGCGCUCUAGCAUGCAGCUUGGCCUGUGGCAGGAGAGCAGUGCUCACGUUUGGAAGUCAAGCUUCUGUGCAGCCAUACAGGGUCCAAAAUCAGUUCCAUUUCCAUUCCUGUGGUCAGGCUGGGGUCACAUUAUAGUGCCUUAUUUCCCUAAGGGUAAUUAUGUUUAGAAUCUGCAGAUAAGAUGCAUUAAUUUUUCAGAGUUUCCAUCUUUCAUUUUUCAAAGAGAAGCGAUUUUCAGUAGGAACUGAUCCUAAGAGAGGAGAAAAGAAGUGACAAGAAAAGAAACAGCCAGUUAUGUUUAAAGAGUCUCCUCAUUGGGGUCCACUCUGAAGGAAUAUAUAUGGGGUGGGGUGGAGCACUAGUGAGGCAAUGGGUCUAGAUCUCAUAGAACAGUUCCCUCCUUGGGGAGGGAACAUAAACUCGGGUCCCACUGACUGCUUUAAGGAUUCCUGGCAUUUAAUUUUCAACACUCGAUUCCUGUUUUCCAAGGUAAAUAUUGGCACAUAUAGUCUGACUACAGGAUAGAGAAUUUUUAGUGAAAUGUCUUGCCAUACUUGCAGUAAUGGUAAACUGUCCUUCACAGUGGCUGUUAGCGUUAGUCGCUCAGUCGUGUCCGACUCCUUGCGACCCGGUGGACUGUAGCCCGCCAGGCUCCUUUGUCCAUGGAAUUUUCCAGGCAAGAGGACUGGAGUGGGUUGCCAUUCCCUUCUCCAGGGGAUCUUCCUGACCCAGGGAUCAAACCUGGGUCUUCUGCAUUGCAGACAGAUUCUUUACCAUCUGAGCUAUAGGGAAGCCCCCUCACAGUGGCUAGAGCUCUCUUUUUCUGCAGAAGUAAAUGAGAAAGUGCAGUAAUGGAGGUCAACGAUGAGCGGCUUUUUUCUAAUCAGAGUAGUACAAUGCUGAUCUGUUAUAUCAUCUUGCAGGUUUGAAAAAAAGAAAAAACAGCCUGCUGAGCAAGAACUUAACAUAGCACAAAAAAAUGUCAUGAUUGAUAUUCCUUGGGAAUGUCAGUUCCUAUCUCUUUAAAACCUUAUUUGGUUUUCUCUGUUCUACAAACAUCUUUAGUGAGAGCACAAGAAAUUGCAGAACACUGUGCCAAAUUCUAUGGAUAAGUUACAUAAAAAUGAGUGGUAUUUGUUGUGAAGGUAUUUUUCACAUGGCUUAUAAUCACACUAAAACAUCUCCACCUCAGCAAUACAGGGAGGUUAGCUUUGCCUGGGAAAGUAUCUCAAAACACCUGGAGCAAGUAGCAUUUCUCCUCCAGAGACUGAGUGAUCAGCAUGAAGAUAAAGUAUCUGAAGUCCUUUUUUCUCCAUUGUUUGUUGACUGUCAAGGAAUAAUGGGCUACAGAUUAUUGGUGGUAAUCUUUGAUUAUGGAGGUGAGUGAGGAAGUAGGUGGUGUUGAUUUAGUUGCUAAGUCGUGUCCAACUCUUGCAACCCCAUGGACUGUAGCCUGCCAGGCUCCUCUCUCCAUGGGAUGUUCCGGGCAAGAAUAGGAAGUAGAUAUAUUGGCAGUUCCAGGGCUGGCUCCCUGAUCUCCAGAUCUUACAAUGCUGAGUUCCUUUACUGAACCAACCUGUGUAGUAGCAUCUGUUAUCAAAGUGGACCUGUCAACUGGUGGGUGUCAUAUGAUAAGAAAGACCACUCAUUUUAAUCUCUUGAGAUAAUAACAGAAGAGUAAAGACUGCACCCUUUAUUACUGAAUUAAAGUUCAGAAACAGAUUAUCUGUUUUAAAUCAAGGUGGUUCUUGAUCCCAACCACUUAUUUGGGUCAUCUUUUUCUAGUUUGGAUUUUGGGGAAGGAACACCCCAUGUGAUCCUACAGCCUUAGAUCUGGAUUGACCAUUUGGGCAGAGCACAAAUGGAAAUCUUUUAUUGUGUUUUGCAUUUUGUGGGAUUUAUUGAAAUAAUUCACUGUGAUGGUGCCGUCUUCUGGCCAGUGUUGAGCAGCUCUGCUUUAAAUUUGGUUAAUUUCAUUUUCUCUGAAGAGGGAAAAGAGGGGUCAUUUAAUCUUUGCCUCCACCGGCAAAUAAAACUCAUGUGUUAAUUUCUUAGGCUCCUACAUUAAACACCUUGGGUAAACAGAUAAAUGGACAUGUGCUCAGCUUUCUUUCUUUUUUUUUUUUUUUUUGCAUCAGAGAGCUCUGACUUCCAUAUGGCAUUGUUGAGUUUCAGAGGCUCUCUCAUGUUUUGGUAAAUCUCAAUGGAUGUUGCCUUUAAUUUUUCCAAUAUGUAAUCUGUAUAAUCAUGUGAUUCCUGCUGCAAGUGAAAUCAGGAAGCACUGCAAUGUUGAAGCAAGCGUGUUGUUCAGGUCAUUUGUCUUCCUGAUGCUUGGACUUUAUUUCACAUGUCAGUGUUUACAUUACGUACUUGUAUUUUCUGUGAAAGAAAGUUAAAUAAAUCUUGGCAGUUUGA